UUGCACCCCCCCGUGGAAAGAGAAGGAAAGGUUAUCUUUUAGAUAUUGCACCCCGUGGAAGGAAAAAAAAAGGUCGCUCAACGAAUUCAGUUGCUACCCAGACUUCAGUGGCUACCCAGACUUCCUUCCUCCACACUGAGUCUCCACCCCUAGGCUACAUGAGCAAGGACAACGAUAGUAAUGACCCUCCUGAUAUAACAUAUUAUUCAGAGGUUGAAGCAGAACUUGGAAAUAAGUAUGAUGGUUAUUUGAGUAGUGAGGAAAUUGAUAUAAAGGAAGAGCCAAUUGAGCCAAUGGAGGAGCCAUCCAAUAGAGAAGGUAUGGCUCCAAAACGUAAGGUUGAUUCAGCCGAUGGCAGCGCAUCAAAGAAAAGGAAAACCGUCCCAUUGGACAUGAUAUUAGAAAUAUUUAUGCUUUCAGAGAAGGGAGAAUCCAACGUGAGCAUCAGUCGUGCGCUGGACAUUGGUCAUAUGACGGUUACAUUUAUACUAAAGAAUAAGAAGAGUAUCCUUGAACAGGUCAAAAUUACUGCACCUGAACGGGUCAAAAGUGCUGCACCUGAACAGGUCAAAAGUGUUGUUCGUAGAACGCCCUAUAAAAAGAAGAGUAUACAUGAACAUGUCAAAAGUGCUGCACCUGAACGGGUCAAAAGUGUUGUUCGUAGAACGCCCUAUAAAAAGAAGAGUAUACAUGAACAGGUCAAAAGUGCUGCACCUGAAUGUGUCGAAAGUGUUGUGCAUAGAACGGCCAGUAAAAUGAUGCUGGACACUGUUGAGUUAGAAAGGUCAUUGUUGUUCUGGCUUAAAGAUCAGAACCAGCGGCGUAUGCCAUUAAGCCUUGGUGCAAUUAAAGAGAAGGGUAGAAGGUUACAUGAGGCAUUAGAAAGUGAAAGGGAGAAAGGGAGUACAAGUGGACAGUUUGUGGUGAAGAGUGAUUGGUUUAACCAUUUCAUGGCUCGUGCUAGAUUGCAAAAUCUUAAGGUGCCAGUUGAAGCUGCUCGUGCUGAUGAGGAAGCAGCAAAAUAUUUUCCUAUUUGGUUGGCUGAGAUAAUUAGGGAGGGGGGUUACUUACCGGAGCAAGUGUUUAAUGUGGAUGAUACAGGCUUAUUUUGGAAGCGUAUGCCUAGUCGUAUGUUUGUCUCCAAGGAGGAGAAGUCGGCACCGGGUCAUAAAGUCAGUAGGGAAAGACUGACUUUACUUCUCGGUGGUAAUGCUAGUGGUGACUUAAAACUUAAGCCUUUGUUAGUGUAUUUGGCUGAGAAUCCAAGGGCAUUCAAGGGAAUUUUGAAGAGUCAACUCCCCGUCAUUUGGAAGUCUAAUCAGAAGGCUUGGGUUACACUUUGUAUCUUUGAAGACUGGUUUACAAAUCACUUUGUGCCAACAGUGAAGGAAUAUUGUAUUCAGAAGAAUCUGCCUUUUAAGGCUUUGCUUGUGUUGGAUAAUGCCCCUGGACACCCUUCACAAUUGGAUUACAUGCAUCCUAAUGUGAAGGUAGUUUACUUUCCCCCAAAUACUGCUUCCAUUUUGCAACCAGUGGACCAGGGUGUCAUGGCCUUCUUCAAGGCCUAUUACCUCCAAAGGAUGAUGAACAAUGCCUUUGAGGCCAUUGGAAGAAACAAGGAGUUGACUUUCAAGGAAUUUUGGAAGUCAUACAACAUUUUAGAAGCUGUGAAGAACAUUGCAGGUGCUUGGGACGAGGUACAGCAGACCAGUAUGAAUGGGGCCUGGAAGAAACUGUGUCCGCAGUUUGUGAAUGACUUUAUAGGAUUUGAGGACUUAGAGACUCAUGAAAGUGUCACCAACAAUAUUGUUGCAAUUAGUAAGGUGCUAUGUUUGGAGGUGAAUGCUCACGAUGUCAAGGAACUGCUGGAAUCACAUGCAGAGGAGUUUUCUGAAGAGGACCUCAUUCAGUUGGGGAAACAGAUGACUGAGGAGGAGGAAGAGGCACCAGUCCCAGAACCCAGGUUAUUAAUUGAUAAGGAUUUGUCAAAGGCGUUUUUCCAUGUAGAGAAAGCGAUAGCAUUGUUUCAGGCUGCGGACCCCAACAUGGAAAGGCACACCAAGAUACUUAGAAGGGUCAUGGAUAAGCUCACGUUUUAUAGGGAGACUUUCGAAGAGGAAAAGAAGAAAAAAACUCUCCAGUCUAGCCUUGAUUGUUUUUCCAACAAGCAGUCUCCAACAUCAUCUGCCUUUCCUAACCUAGAAGUGAGCGUCGUCCUGCCCAACCCUAACUUCCAGUACAUCAUGUUAGUUCAAGAAGGAACUGUCAUCGCCUACCAGAAUGAGCCUUUCUCUUAACCCAGGUAGAAUAUCAAGAUUGUGCUAUCCUACGAUGCUGACACAUUUUACUUGUUCAAUGUGAUUCUUUACCUAGGGAAGGACACCGAGUACCUUAAUGUGUCAGUAAUAAUAGAAAAGUACUCCAACUUGGAGCUUACGGAAGUCUAUGGCUGUCAAGGCCGUGUUGUCACCAUGGAUAAUUGGUUCAGAUCAUUACCCCUGGCUUUGACCCUUCAGAAAGCUGGCUUGCAUUUGGUGGGGACUAUUAGGAGCAAGCUUUACCUCCUCCAUAAAGUAUUUGCUGCAGUCGAAGAUGGAUGUUGGGGACUACAACUACAGAGCAAAGGCUGUGUUGUUGUGCCAUCAUACCAGCAAGAUGAAGAGGCUCCAGAUCUUGUUAACAAUCCAUCAUGAUCCCACAGUCAUUAAAAAGAAUAAGAUUCAUGUGCAGAUGUUUUACAGUCGAACAAAGGGGAGCAUUGACACCCUGGACCAGCAGGGUGCAACAGUGUCUUGCAGUAGGAAAACCUGUUGAUGGCCACUCUGCAUCUAGUAUGGCAAUGUGAACUUGGCGUUCAACAAUGCGUAUAUUGUCUUCUCCUCCAUGUGAGGCUGCAAAUCAACAUCAAGAAGGCAGUUUGGCCAUGAUGAGACUGCAGCAAAAAAAUUUGCUUUAACAUAACCUCAGGGCCACUGUUGUGGCAACCAGUUGCAUAUCAGGUACUAUUAGAUUUUCUUUGUAAACAUUUGGCACCCUGAGUGGUUGAGGCUGUUAAAAAAAAUUUUGGACUAACUUAAUGUGAUUUCAAGUCAUUUUUUAUGCUACUCAUGUUUUUAAAUCAUUAUAGUAUAUAUUCAUACAAAAU